UAAAGAAGCGGCUUUUUCUGCGGUAGAUUGUUUUAGUAUUCCACUGCGUGUACAGUUUUGACUCUGUACAACUAUUGAGAAGAUGGAGCACGCCUCUGAAGACGCGCCUCUGGCCGCGGACAGUCGUGCGGGCAGUGAACAGGUCCUGGUGAUGCCCAGUUCACCCACAAGAGGCUCAAACAGCCAUGCUCUGAAGGUCGCGGGCAUCACCGCUUUGGUCUGUCUGCUGGUGUCUGCUCAGGUCUUCACCGCAUACCUGGUGUUUGACCAGAAGCAGCAGAUACAGGGGCUGCAGACCAACAACCAGAAGAUGGAGAGGCAGAUGACUCUGCGCUCACGAGGGACUCCACAGAAGAUCAUGAUGCCUGCUGACAGUCUGCCUCUUCUGGACUUUUCCAGUGAUGAAAUGACCCCUCAAAAUACCCCUAAAUCUGAAUCUCCCAAGCAGGGUGUGGCUCCUCCAAGUGUGGAGAAGCAGCUUCAGGAGCUCAUCAAGGAUCAUGAGCUUCCUGAAAUGAAUGAGUCUUUUCUGGCCAACCUCCAGACUCUGAAGCAGAGAGUCAGUGAGACCGACUGGAAGAGCUUUGAGUCAUGGAUGCGCUAUUGGCUGAUCUUCCAAAUGGCCCAGAAACCUCCUACUGCCACAUCAUAACCAGAUGUGGGCAGCAAAUAAAACAAUGUUGUGACACAUCUGUUCCAUUGUCAAAGAAAUAGUUGGCAAUCCAUUCCCUAAUCAUCUCUCAUUUGAUUUUAAGAUUUAAUAAGUGUUGCUAAAAAGUAUUUCAUAGCAAUUUCAUAGCAAGCUGUAUAUGUCACAACUGUCUCAAUUAUAAUCAGAUUAAACUGUGUGUUGAUUCGUACAUUCAAAUAUAUUGUAUUUCUUUUGUACUUUUUUGUUCUAAUAACAAAAUAGUUUGAAAUCACAGUAUAUUAAAUCACAAAAUAAAAAAUAAUAAUUUCCUUG